CCUGGUAAUACCACCACUGGGACUUCUAACCUGUUCUUUUUGGACUAAAUAAAUCUGGUUAACAUGAAAAUGACUCAGAUCUGGAUGUUAGCGCUGCUCUUCUGUUGUGGCUCGGUUUACUCUGCUCCAGACGUGCCCCAGUCCAUCCACAUGACGGUUCCUUAUGGACAGACGGUCGUUCUGCCGUGCAACGGUUCGGCGUUAGUGGGUGAGAAGGACCCGGAGGUGUUCUGGGAGGCCAUGGGCAGCGACGUGUUGACGAUAAUCGGAGGAGACGUGAUCGUACAGGAAAGAUACGAGGGCCGUGCGAGUGUGUCAGAUCCGUCGGGAGUGGACUGGUCUCUGGUCUUGGACUCGGUGCGUCUCAGUGACAAAGACAUGUACGAGUGCAUCUGGAGAGGCAGGAGGACCCUGUCUACAGUGUGGCUCAAUGUGGAAUAUCCAAAGGUGGACCCGGUGUUGGAGGUGUAUUCCCACAAUGAAACAGUGACCCUGCCCUGUUACCUGGACCUGCCCAGAAACCAGCGCCCCGAAGACCUCAAUGUUUGGUGGGAGAAAGAUGGCAUUGUCCUAUUGCGACGGGAAAAGAAUAUGGUCAGCAUAUUUAUGGAUAACUAUCUCAGCUUGUAUGACAAUGAAAGUUUUUUACAGCUACAAAACAUUGACAAGUUUCAUCUCAUCUUAACACAAGAAAUGAUAUUUGGGGAUUCAGAGUACAACUGCUGGUACCGAACCAAGGCGACAGAAGCACCGAGGCCCGGCAUACCUGGAACUAUUACCGUCAUUUUAAAGGAGGCGUUUGAUAUUGAAGAAUUCGACAACUCAGAAAAUUCCACAGAAGAAGGCGGCAGCGCUCUGUACUGGACCACGACGUUCGAGAGCUCGGAGGAAACUACCACAAAUGAAAUCCCAGUGCUAUUAGACACAGUCACUCUGCCCACGGAAGUAAGUACAGAGUCUUUGCCGAUGGAAGCCUACGACGAAACAGUUACUACAUUUCCUGACCAAGUAAGUUCAGAGUUUUUGUCAGUGGAAGCGGAAGAGGGAACAGCUGCCGUUCCAGAAGAAGAUCUCCCUGAUGACCCGGAGGACUCGGAGGUCUCGGAGGACUCGGAGGACUCGGAGGACUCGGAGGAGACUGUCGACUGGUCAGACUUCCCGUGGGUUCGGAUCGGUCUAAUCGCUGGAGUAUUAUUGGUCACCGCGUUCUCGCUUUGCAUUCUGGGACUUCUGCAUAAACUUUAGGACAAACCGGGACUCGCUGUUUUCAUCUACGGACCUCAUUUUGACUAAACCAACGUCUUCUUCCCGUUCGGAGAAUCGGUUUAGUUUGAAUUUUAUCGGGAAUACACUCACUGCUCAAUUGCGAAUUUGCUUGAGAACUGAACCUUAAACCUUUUCGUUUCGAGGCAGAACACUAACCACCGUGUUAAACUAAAACUAUUUUAAUCUGGUAUAUUUCCUUUGUGUUAUAUUACGCAAAACUGACUCUUGUGAGCUUUAAGUCGUGUUAUAAUGUCGUU